UGAAUACCAUCAAAACCAAAGAUGCCUCUGGAUGUAGUAAGUCAUAAUAAAUGAAAAAUAUUUUUAGGGAGCUGGGGGUGGGGAACAUGUUGGACUCCGAGCUCGGCAGGAAGUGGGACCAGUGCAUGGUGGAUGCGGUCGUGAAGAUAGGUGUCGGUUUUGGAUUAAGACUGGUUUUCUCACUUACCUUCUUUAAAAGAAGAAUGUGGCCAUUAGUCUUUGGUUCUGGCACGGGAUUGGGAAUGGCUGACUCCAACUGUCAGCAUGAUUUCCAGGCUCCAUAUCUUCUACACGGAAAAUAUGUCCAAGAGCAGGAGCAGUGACUUCCACCUGAGAACAUCCCAGUGGGAGGAAAAGAGAAAUCGUGUCUAUUCCUCAGGAAUACUGAAGUGCCCUGGAGUCAGCUGACAUUCUUCUGUAGCAAUGUCAUCAGUAAUGCUUUCAACUCCAGCACACUGUUUAUGUAUUUGAAACCAAGUCUGUUUCUUGUUUUGCAUUUUCUCUCUGGAAAUUGCAAGGAGGUGGUCUUAAAAGAAGUAAAUUAAAAGUAGGCAGCCCCCGCCCCGUAAAUUAAAAGUAG